AUGAUUACAUCUCCAAAUAAACAAUUUAUCGAAAAUAAAAGAAAAAAAUCUGACAUUGUUUCAUUAAUUAAUGGAUUGUCAAAAGAGUAACUGAUGCCAAUCUGCAUAGAAAUUCUAUAGAAAAAUCCUGAAUAAAGAAAAUUAGAAGAUAUCUAGAUUAUUUAAGCCGCUACUAAAGACAUCGAAUUCUUCUAAUAAGUUUAUAAUGAGUAGGGGGAAUUGAUGCUUAAAGAGUGCUUAAAGAGAAUGUGUAUAGAAAUGUUUGAUGAAGAUGACGUUGUUUUCGAGUAAGGAGAUAAACCAUAAUCUUUUUAUAUUAUAUUAAGCGGAGGUGUUUCAGUCUAUAUAUUGAAGACCCCAUUAGUCGAACAUAAAGAAUUGGAAUUGAGUAAGACAGAAAAAAUAAAGAGGAGAUCAUUUUUUAUAAAGAAAAUUUCCAUGGGGUAGAGCUUUGGAGAACUUGCAUUUUUGAAUGAUAAUGUUAGAUCUGCCAGUAUAAUUUGUGAUAGCGAAUGCAUACUAGCAGUUCUUAGUAAAAAGGAUUACAAAGAGGUCCUUUAAAAGGCAUAAGAAAAUAAACUAAGACAAUAAAUAAAGGACUUUCACUCUUGCUUAAAAUAACACUAGAUAUCCCCGAAAUUAUUAGAUAUCUUGUUUUUAGCUUUUUAGAGUUCGCAUUAUCAAUUUAGACAAGCUGUUUAUUAUUAGGGACAAUUAAGCAAACAAGAGAUUUAUUUAGUCUAGAGUGGUGAAUUUGUGAUUUGUUAAAGCAAUGACGGAUUUUACAGCCCAAAAAAGCAGACUUCUCAAAUAGCUUUGUUAUAAAAAGGGCAGAUAUUUGGUGACCUUGAGAGUUUCAAUAGUAUUGAUAAGAGAUAAUAAAGUGUAUUUUGCAACUCUGAGAAUGGAGUAGCUCUUAAAAUUUAAUUAAGUUGUUUGAUUUAGAGAUUGCAAACAACAAAUGAAAUGCAUUUAUAUGAUCAAUUGAAAAAUAUUUGUCUAUAAAAAGAAUAAGUGAGAUCAGAUAGACAAUAAAAAUAAGUAUCUCAGGAUGAGAACUUAAUCAUAGACAUGAAAUAUGUAAGAAAGAGAGAUCUCACAUAUUAAGUAAAAAGGGUGAGAUCAGCAAGAAGGAAUACCUUUAAUAUACGAAGUCCACUUCAAAUUGUUGAAGAUGUUAUUAAGAAUAAAAAGCUUGUGAAGACGAUUAUAGAUCUAAUAUUUAAUCAAGAAUGGCAAGCACACCAAGGCCAAACAUUUCUUAAUUGA